UUCAUUCUCCCCACUCGUCUUCUUUUUCUUGGAGUUCUCCUUCUCCCAUCUUUGCCACACACGCACACCGCCGCUAACCCACCGGAAAUUUGCUUUCUUCUCCCUCGCUCUCCUGCAACAGCUACACCAACCUUACCUUUUGCUGCCACUGUCACAAACCUCACCGCCACGUCCAUCUUUGAUUUCUAAGGAUUAGUGAGCUCGUUCUUUUGCUAAUGGCGUCCAAACUUCUGAUUCGGACGGGAAAUUCUUUGAUUAAUCGAUUGCGAUUAAGUUCAACGCAUCAGAGUCACAGGAUUUGUAGUAACCAAGCUCUGUCCUAUGGCCAUGGCGUUGAAGUCACUCCGAUGCUUUUUCCUUCAGUCUCCAAGGAUCAGACUGCUCAUCAUUUGCAGCAGAAUGACACCGAAUCGUUGAGGAAGCUCGAAUUGGAAGGCAUUUUCUUUCCUUUUGGGCUUCCGUCGCUCCGGUUCUUCUUGCCCGAUGGAGAUGCUUCUUCAACCCAAGAACCAAUGCUCUUAUUUCCUAAAAGGACUUUUCAACCUAGCAUCAUCAGGCGAAAAAGGAAUCAUGGAUUUUUUGCCCGGAACUGAUGGAAUACUUCUUUGUGGAGUCUGAGGCCAACACCAAAAAUUACUCACUUUAGUCAGAUUGAUGGUAGAAAGGUGGGAGAGACUAGCCCCCACCAAAAUUUCCUCAUCUUGACUUCGCCGAAGACCCAAGUCCCAAGCAAGAUGUAUGAAGUUACGACAAUCUGCUAUAAUGGCACCGGGGGCCUACUGGACAGCCUAUAUAACCGGGGAAAGGAAGAUGCAAUAACACCACAAUAAAGCCAUAAAUCAGUCCAAAAAGAAAGUAUGAUAACCAUUGCCAAUCCUCCUUUGGAUACGAUCCUUAAUCAGAUGGGCAGUAGAGCAUAUGAAUCUCCUUGGUGCCUUAGGAUUAGUUCUAAAUAUACGAGCUGGGCUAACAAAAUCAGCCACUUUAUAAUAUUUGGCCAGUCUUUUCUUCAGGUUUGAACCUCAAGAUCCAUUUAGCAAGGGCAGCAUCAUUCUUAGGCCUCAUAUCACCAAUGCCAAGGCCACCCAUGAAUAAGGGAGGCUGAAUAUCUCAGUUAAUACUUAUGUAAUCUGCCAUCACCACUAGAUCCCUCAAAAAAGAGAAAAAAAUCUUUAAGGUGUUGUUUGGAUCGUAGAUAUUGUUUCAUGGAUUUAGAUAUUAAAUAUUUGAGAUUUGAAUGUCUGGAUUUUAAAUGUUUGGGAUAAUUAAUAUAUGUGUUUAGAUGUGCAUGAUAA